AUGACGCUGAACCAAGCUAAUUCCACAGGAAUCUAUCGGCACAUAGCUCCCAUGAGAGAUAAGCAAAAACCCAAUUGUCUCUUUUCGUCGGACAUUCCCUAUAAAAUCUCUUCAUGUGUGGCGAAACUACAUUUAUACAAAGGAGAUUACAGCAACAGGCGCGUAGACCUUGCCGAAUAUAUCCAAUGGUUUGAUAUUACGCUUGAGUUAAACACUUUGCUCCUGAGAAAUAUGGAAAUUUUGCCCUCUGAACUUGCACGGAUCAACUCAAUGUUUGUGGCUGAAGGAAGGGCCCCCGAAUCCAGUCAUAGUAUAAGAGCCUCUUCGCCGUCAAUUCCGGCGGUAUGGAGAGCAAUUCUUUUCACAAAAAAAAAUAGUGAGACAUUUGUGGUGAAUUUCCGUUUGGACGUCGAUCAGUUCUUAGUGGACCUAUCUAAUAUCAGUGAUAUGUGCCUACAUUUUCAUGCCAACGAAACUAUCCAGCCACUCCUACUGCUGGAUAUCGCCAACCAUUUGAAGACGUAUGUUCAACACAAGCUCCAACAAGAAUUAAACAACAACAACGACAUUUCGUUCGACAUCACAAAUUCUUCCACCAUUCUUCAAGACCUGCCACCAAAUGAGAGUAUUGCUCUGUUCAAAGCUAUAUAUACAAACACACACAACGAAGCGCUAGAUCUUGCCAUCACAUCUCUAGACGAAUGUGACCUUUCGUAUGUCAUUGAGAAGCAGCUGAUUUACUACGUUGACGACGAGUUUGACAAUACGGAUGACGAGAUGAAACUAUUGCACUCCGAUGAGAGUGGCAAAUCCCAAUUAAAUGAAGACGAGGAUCUGGAUUUUGCUGAGACAAACUCAUUUCGUGAAAGAAUAUUCGUUGAUUACCAAGCUCCCGAGUUUCUAGCGAACGAGAUCUCCUCCAUCUCCUUGUCAGAGAACUUGGUAUUAUCUUCCGCAGCGAAGGCUACUAAAACUGGAAGCAAUGACCAGUUUUUUGAUAUCCCAAAUGUUGAUAGCAAGGGAAGAGAAGAAGUACAAGAAAGCAAAUCAGCGGAUGCACUCAGAGAAUGUACAAAGUAUUCAGAAUCCGAUGAAGGUGUGACUUUGUCAAAUACGGAACAUGCUAGCGCACAUUCACAGCAGAUGUCUGUACACGACGGUAUUUUGGUCUAUGAAAACAACAGCUCGCUCGAUGAGAGACUAAAAGAGAUUCCAGCCUACACGACCGAAUGUCAGGAUACUAUACAAUCACCAAUGGUGUCUCCAAAAAAGAAAGACAACCAAAGUUAUGGAUCCGAAACGACCGGCGAAGAGAACCUGCUUCGAAAAAAAGCCUCCAUUUCGUUCAUUGACCACGACGAGAGCCUUGGUCUUCAGUUUGCCUUCAGAGACUCUUCAUCGUCGGUUCCUGAAUAUAUCAAGGAGAACAAGAAGUUUAAGUUCAUCAAGGUGGGCAAAGUGCAGAAAUUUGUAAACAUGUUUGAAGAACACAAGGAAAUAGCCAGCAAUCCCCUGAGUCGAGUUGGCACGAGACCAGGCAGCCCGGUAUCACGCAUAGACUAG